AAAUGGCAUUUGUCGGUGUUUUACUCGUCCUCGUGUCCGCCGCACUCCAGUCGACAGACGCACAGAUCACAUGCUCGGAACAAUUCGGCAAAGAGGAAGACCCUAAUGAUUGCUACAGUUUCUACCAAUGUACCUUCUGGUACCCGAGCGCUCAACCAGAGAAAUGUCCCAGCGGUUACGGGUUUGAUUCCGACACGCGCCAGUGUGAAGUAGGCGCAUGCGCAACGGGCACCACGGAGGCAGCACUUGAAAUAUGUCAAAGCGGAGACUUUUUUGUCUCCAGAGGUGAUCCAAACGACUGCUUUUCAUACUACUUCUGCUAUUUUGGCAUUCAAGACCAUCUUCAAUGCCCCGCUAAUACAGCCUUCAAUUUACAAAGGAAAAAUUGUGACGUCGCAAGCUACGAAGCUUGUGCUGCACAAUUAACAACACCAGAGCCUACAACACCAGGGCACACAACACCAGAGCCCACAACACCAGAGCCUACAACACCAGAGCCCACAACACCAGAGCCUACAACAACAGAGCCUACAACACCAAAGCCUACAACACCUGAAGCUACAACACUAGAGCCUACAACACCAGAGCCUACAACACCAGAGCCGACAACACCAGAGCCAACAACACCAGAACCUACAACGCCAGAGCCCACAACGCCAGAGCCUACAACACCAGAGCCUACAACACCAGAGCCUACAACAACACAGCCUACGACACCAGAGCCAACAACACCAAAGCCUACAACGCCAGAGCCCACAACACCAGAGCCCACAACACCAAAGCCUACAACGACAGAACCCACAACACCAACACCUACAACACUAGAGCCAACAACACCAAAGCCUACAACACCAAGCCCUACAACACCAGAGCCCACAACGCCAGAGCCAACAGCACCAGAGCCUACAACACCAGAGCCCACAACACCAGAGCCUACAACACCAGAGCCCACAACACCACAGCCCACAACACCAGAGCCUACGACACCAGAGAUCAUAACACCAGAACCCACAACAAUGAGGCCUACAACACCAGAGCCUACAACACCAGAACCCACAACGCCACAGCCUACAACACCAGAACUUUCAACACCAGAGCCUACAACAUCACAGCCCACAACACAAGAACCUACAACACCAGAACCUACAACACCAGAGCCUACAACACCAGAGCCAACAACGCCUUCGCCCACAACACCAGAACCUACAACGCCAGAACCCACAACACCACAGCCUACAUCACUACAGCCUACAACACCAGAGCCCUCAACACCUCAGCCCACAACACCAGAGCCUACAACACCAGAGCCUACAACACCAGAGCUUACAACACCUGAGCCCACAACACCAGAGCCUACAACAACACAGCCUACAACACCAAAGCCAACAACACCAAAGCCUACAACGCCAAAGCCGACAACACCAGAGCCGACAACACCCGAGCCGACAACACCAGAGCCUACAAUGCCAGAGCCUACAACACCAGAGCCUACAACACCAGAGCCCACUACAUCUGAGCCCACAAAACCAGAGCCCACAACACCAGAGCCUACAACGACAAAACCUACAACACCAGAGCCCACUACACCAACACCUGAGGUCACAGAAACCACAGCAGCAGCCCCGCCUCCAGACACAACAGCUUUUCCUACCACCGGAUUUCCCAUAUCAUCUACUGAUCAACCGACAACCCAAGAGGCAAAAACGCUUGAGGCUACAACACUUGAGCCCACAACACCAGAGCCUACAACACCUGAGCCCACAACACCAGAGCCUACAACACCUGAGCCUACAACUCCAGAGCCAACAACACCUGAGCCCACAACACCAGAGCCUACAACAACACAGCCUACAACACCAGAGCCAACAACACCAAAGCCUACAACGCCAGAGCCGACAACACCAGAGCCUACAACAACAGAGCCUACAACACCAGAGCCUACAACACCUGAGCCCACAACACCAGAGCCUACAACACCUGUGCUUUCAACACCAAAGCCUACAACACCAAAGCCUACAACACCAGAGCCCACAACACCAGACUCUACAACACCAAAACCUACAACACAAGAACCUACAACAUCUGAGCCUACAACACCCGAGCCUACAACACCUGAGCCUACAACACCUGAGCCGACAACACCAGAACCUACAACACCUGAGCUUACAACACCACAGCCCACUACACCAGAAGCUACAACACCACAGCCUACAACACCAGAGACAACAACGCCUGAGCUUACAACACCACAGCCCACGACACCAGAAGCUACAACACCAGAGCCUACAACACCAGAACCCACAACACCCGAGCCUAAAACAACAGAGGCUAAAACACCUGAGCCCACAACACCAGAGCCAACAACAUCAGUGCCUACAACAACACAACCCACAACAUCAGUGCCUACAACACCACAGCCCACAACACCACAGCCUACAACACCUGACACCACAGAAACCACAGCAGCAGCCCCGCCUCCAGACACAACAGCUUUUCCUACCACCGGAUUUCCCAUAUCAUCUACUGAUCAACCGACAACACAAGAGCCAACAACGCUUGAGCCUACAACACCUGAGCCCACAACAUCUAAGCCUACCACACCUGAGCCCAAAACGUCAGAGCCUACAACACCAGAGCCUACAACACCAAGGCCCACAACACAAGAGCCCACAUCGCCAGAACCUACAACACCAGAGCACACAACAUCAGUGCCUACAACAUUAGUGUCUACAACAACACAACCCACAACACCACAACCUACAACACCUGACGUCACAACACCAGAGCCUACAACACCAGAACCGACAACACCACAGCCUACAACUCCUUCGGUCACAGAAACCACAGCAGCAGCCCCUCCUCCGGAUAUAACAGCUUCUUCUACCACUGAAAUACCCAUAUCAUCUACUGAUGAACCGACAACACCAGAGGUUACAACUCCUGAGCCCACAACACCAGAGGCUACAACACCAGAACCUACAACAGCUGAACUUACAACACCAGAGCCAACAACGCCUUCGUCCACAACACCAGAACCUACAACACCAGAACAUACAACAGCAGAUCUCUCAACACCAGUGCCCACGACACCAGAGCCUACAACACAAGAAACUACAACACCUGAGCCUACAACACCAGAGCCUACACCUGAGCCCACAACACCAGAACCUACAACAACACAGCCUACAACACCAGAGCCAACAACACCAAAGCCUACAACGCCAGAGCCUACAACACCAGAGCCCACAACACCACAGCCCACAACACCAGAGCCUACGACACCAGAGAUCAUAACACCAGAACCCACAAUAAUGAGGCCUACAACACCAGAGCCUACAACACCAGAACCCACAACGCCACAGCCUACAACACCAGAACUUUCAACACCAGAGCCUACAACAUCACAGCCCACAACACAAGAACCUACAACACCAGAACCUACAACACCCGAGCCUACAACACCAGAGCCAACAACGCCUUCGCCCACAACACCAGAACCUACAACGCCAGAACCCACAACACCACAGCCUACAUCACUACAGCCUACAACACCAGAGCCCUCAACACCUCAGCCCACAACACCAGAACCUACAACACCAGAGCCUACAACACCAGAGCUUACAACACCUGAGCCCACAACACCAGAGCCUACAACAACACAGCCUACAACACCAAAGCCAACAACACCAAAGCCUACAACGCCAAAGCCGACAACACCAGAGCCGACAACACCCGAGCCGACAACACCAGAGCCUACAAUGCCAGAGCCUACAACACCAGAGCCUACAACACCAGAGCCCACUACAUCUGAGCCCACAAAACCAGAGCCCACAACACCAGAGCCUACAACGACAAAACCUACAACACCAGAGCCCACUACACCAACACCUGAGGUCACAGAAACCACAGCAGCAGCCCCGCCUCCAGACACAACAGCUUUUCCUACCACCGGAUUUCCCAUAUCAUCUACUGAUCAACCGACAACCCAAGAGGCAACAACGCUUGAGGCUACAACACUUGAGCCCACAACACCAGAGCCUACAACACCUGAGCCCACAACACCAGAGCCUACAACACCUGAGCCUACAACUCCAGAGCCAACAACACCAGAGCCCACAACACCAGAGCCUACAACAACACAGCCUACAACACCAGAGCCAACAACACCAAAGCCUACAACGCCAGAGCCGACAACACCAGAGCCUACAACAACAGAGCCUACAACACCAGAGCCUACAACACCUGAGCCCACAACACCAGAGCCUACAACACCUGUGCUUUCAACACCAAAGCCUACAACACCAAAGCCUACAACACCAGAGCCCACAACACCAGACUCCACAACACCAAAACCUACAACACAAGAACCUACAACAUCUGAGCCUACAACACCUGAGCCUACAACACCUGAGCCUACAACACCUGAGCCGACAACACCAGAACCUACAACACCUGGGCUUACAACACCACAGCCCACUACACCAGAAGCUACAACACCACAGCUUACAACACCAGAGACAACAACGCCUGAGCUUACAACACCACAGCCCACGACACCAGAAGCUACAACACCAGAGCCUACAACACCAGAACCCACAACACCCGAGCCUAAAACAACAGAGGCUAAAACACCUGAGCCCACAACACCAGAGCCAACAACAUCAGUGCCUACAACAACACAACCCACAACAUCAGUGCCUACAACACCACAGCCCACAACACCACAGCCUACAACACCUGACACCACAGAAACCACAGCAGCAGCCCCGCCUCCAGACACAACAGCUUUUCCUACCACCGGAUUUCCCAUAUCAUCUACUGAUCAACCGACAACACAAGAGCCAACAACGCUUGAGCCUACAACACCUGAGCCCACAACAUCUAAGCCUACCACACCUGAGCCCAAAACGUCAGAGCCUACAACACCAAGGCCCACAACACAAGAGCCCACAUCGCCAGAACCUACAACACCAGAGCACACAACAUCAGUGCCUACAACAUUAGUGUCUACAACAACACAACCCACAACACCACAACCUACAACACCUGACGUCACAACACCAGAGCCUACAACACCAGAACCGACAACACCACAGCCUACAACUCCUUCGGUCACAGAAACCACAGCAGCAGCCCCUCCUCCGGAUAUAACAGCUUCUUCUACCACUGAAAUACCCAUAUCAUCUACUGAUGAACCGACAACACCAGAGGUUACAACUCCUGAGCCCACAACACCAGAGGCUACAACACCAGAACCUACAACAGCUGAACUUACAACACCUGAGCCAACAACGCCUUCGCCCACAACACCAGAACAUACAACAGCAGAUCUCUCAACACCAGUGCCCACGACACCAGAGCCUACAACACAAGAAACUACAACACCUGAGCCUACAACACCAGAGCCUACAUCAGAGCCCACAACACCAGAACCUACAACACCAGACCCUACAACACCAGAGGCUACAACACCAGAGCCUACAACACCAAAGCCUUCAACAUCAGACGCUACAACAACCCAGGCUACAACACCAGAACCAACCACACUAGAAGCUACAACACAAGAGCCUACAGCAGAGCCCACAACACCAGAACCUACAACACCAGAGCCCACAACACCAGAGCCCACAACACCGGAGCCUACAACAACAGAGCCUACAACACCAAAGCCUACAACACCUGAAGCUACAACACUAGAGCCUACAACACCAGAGCCUACAACACCAAAGCCGACAACACCAGAGCCAACAACACCAGAACCUACAACGCCAGAGCCAACAACACCAGAGCCUACAACACCUGAAGCUACAACACUAGAGCCUACAACACCUGAGCCCACAACACCUGACCCUACAGCAGCGGAACCUACAACACCUGAACAUACAACACCAGAACCUACAAAACCAGAGGCUACCCCGGAGCCGACAACACUAGAACCUACAACACCUGAGCCGCCAACACCUGAGCGGCCAACACUUGAGCCUACAACUCCAGAGCCUACAACAUCAGAGCCAACAACACCUGAGCCUACAGCAGCAGAACCUACAACACCAGAACCUACAAUAGCAGAGCUUACAACACCUAAGCCUACAACACCUGAGCUCACAACACCAAAACCUACAACACCUGAACCUACAUCACCAGAAACUACAACACCUGAGCCUACAACAUCACAGCUUACAACAUCACAGCCAACAACACCUGAGCCUACAACACCAGAACCUACAACACCUCAGCGUACAGCAUCAAAGCCUACCCUGGAGCCUACAACACCAGAACCUACAAAACCAGAGUCCACAACAGCGCAACCUACAACACCAGAGCCUACAACUGCAGAGCUUACAACACCUAAGCCUACAACACCUGAGCCCAAAACACCAGAACCUACAACACCUGAACCUACAACACCAGAACCUACAACACCAGAGGCUACCCCGGAGCCUACAACAUUAGAGUCUACAACACCUGAGCCGCCACCUGAGCCUACAACUCCAGAGCCUACAACACCUGAGCCUACAACACCAGAGCCUACAACAACUGAGCCUACAACACCAGAGCCUACAACACUAGAGCCCACAACACCAGAGCCUACAACACAAGAGCCUACAGCAGAGCCCACAACCCCAGAGCCUACAACACUAGAGCCCACAACACCAGAGCCUACAACACAAGAGCCUACAGCAGAGCCCACAACCCCAGAACCUUCAACACCAGAGCGCACAACACUGGAGGCUACAACACCAGAACCUACAACACAAGAACCCAAAACGUCAGAAUCUACAACACCAGAGCCUACAACACCUGUACACACAACACCGGAGCCUACAACACCAGAGCCUACAACACCAGAGCCUACAACACUAGAACCCACAACACCAGAAUCUACAACACAAGAGCAUACAGCAGAGCCCACAACACCAGAGCCUACAACACCAGAGCCCACAACACUGAAGGCUACAACACCAGAACCUACAACACCAGGACCCACAACGUCAGAAUCUACAAUACCAGAGCCUACAACACCUGAACACACAACACCAGAGCCCACAACACCAGUACCUACAACAACUGAGCCUACAGCAUCAAAGCCUACCUCGGAGUCUACAACACCAGAACUUACAACACCAGAGCCCACAACAGCGCAACCUACAACACUAGAGCCUACAGCAGCGGAACCUACAACACCAGAACCUACAACAGCAGAGCUUACAACACCUAAGCCUACAACACCUGAGCUUACAACACCAGAACCUACAACACCUAAACCUACAGCACCAGAACCUACAACACCAGAGGCUACCCCGGAGCCUACAACACCUGAGCCUACAGCAGCAGAACCUACAACAUUAGAACCUACAACAUCAGAGCCUACAACUCCUAAGCCUACAACACCAGAGCCUACAACACCAGAACCUACAACACCAGAGCCUACAACACCUGAACUUACAACACCAGAGCCUACAACACUAGAGUCCACAACACCAGAGCCUACAACACAAGAGCCUUUAGCAGAGCCCACAACACCAGAACCUACAACACCACAGCCCACAACACUGGAGGCUACAACACCAGAACCUACAACACCAGAACCCACAACGUCAGAAUCAACAACACCAGAGCCCACAACACCUGAACACACAACACCGGAGCCUACAACACCAGAUCCUACAACACCUGAGCCUACAACAUCAGAACCAACAACACUAGAGCCCACAACACUAGAGCCCACAACACCAGAGCCCACAACACCAGAACCUACAUCACCUGAGCCUACAGCAUCAAAGCCUACCCCGGAGCCUACAACACCAGAACCUACAACACCAGAGCCCACAACAGCGCAACCUACAACACUAGAGCCUACAGCAGCGGAACCUACAACACCAGAACCUACAACAGCAGAGCUUACAACACCUAAGCCUAUAACACCUGAGCCCACAACACCAGAACCUACAACACCUGAACCUACAACACCAGAACCUACAACACCAGAGCCUACAACAUCAGAGCCUACAACAUCACAGCCUACAACACCUGAGCCUACAACACCAGAGCCUACAACACCUGAGCCCACAACACCUGAGCCUAAAGCAGCGGAACCUACAACACCUGAACCUACAACACCAGAACCUACACCACCAGAGGCUACCCCGGAGCCUACAACACUAGAACCUACAACACGUGAGCCGCCAACACCUGAGCCGACAACACCUGAGCCUACAACUCCAGAGCCUACAACACCCGAGCCUACAACAUCAGAGCCUACAACACCUGAGCCUACAACACCAGAGUCUACAAUAACUGAGCCUACAACACCAGAGCCUACAUCACCAGAGCUUACAACACCAGAAUCUACGACACCAGGUCUUACAACACCAGAGGCUACAACACUAGAGCCCACAACACCUGAGCCUACAACUCCACAGCCUACAACACCAAAACCUACAACUUCAGAACCUACAACACCAGAACCCACAACACCAGAACCUACAACACAAGAACCUACAACGCCAGAGCCUACAACACCGGAGCUUAAAACACCAGAGGCAACAACACCCGAGCGUACAACACCAGAACCCACAGCCCCAGAGUCUACAACAACAAAGCCUACAACACCAGAGCCAACAACACCAAAGCCUACAACGCUAGAGUCGAUAACACCAGAGACAACAACACCUGAGCCGACAACAGCAGAACAUACAACACCUAAGCCUACAACACCUGAGUUUACAACCUUAGAACCCACAACACCAGAGCCUACAAUACCAGAACCUACAACUCCAGGGCCCACAACACCUGAACCCACAACACCAGAGCCUACAACACCAGUAGCUACAACACCAGAACCUACAACAUCAGAGCCUACAACACCAGAAGCUACAACACUAGAGCCUACCACACCUGAGCCUACAACACCUGGACCCACAACACCAGAACCAACAACACCAGAACCAACAACACCCGAACCAAUCUCAGCUGUGGAAUGCCCAGCAUUCGGAUUUGAGUAUAAGGCCGAUCCAAAUGAUUGCCAGGUGUACCAUAUCUGCUCCACCGGCUCUGCUACGAAGUUGUCGUGCCCAGAGUACACAGUGUUCAAUGACGUGACGAGUAGGUGUGAUUCGCCCGAAAAUGUGAUGUCAUGCGAAUUUCCGUGUAACGAGAAUAGUCGUUAUCCGGAUGUAUUCGACUGCCGGAUGUAUUACAUCUGUUUCUUGGGUCAGGCCAUUCACGCUACCUGUCCGGCCGAUUGGAAAUUCAGCAAUGAAUUUAAUGACUGUGCCCCACCACAGUUUGUUCCGGAGUGUCAAGAGCCUACAACACCAGAGCCCACAACACCAGAGCCUACAACACCUGAGCCCACAACACCAGAGCCCACGACACUAGAGCCUACUACACCACAGCCCACAACACCAGAGCCCACCACACCUGAGCCCACCACACCAGAGCCUACAACACCAGAGCCCACAACACCAGAGCCCCCAACACCAGAACCCACAACACUGGAGCCCACAACACCAGAGCCUACAACACCAGAGCCUACAACGCCUCAACCUACAACACCUGAGCCUACAACACUGGAGUCCACAACACCAGAACCCACAACACUGGAGCCCACAACACCAGAGCCUACGACACCAGAGCCUACAACGCCUCAACCUACAACACCUGAGCCUACAACACGGGAGCCCACAACACCUGAGUCCACCACACCUGAGCCUACAAUACCAGAACCUACAACACUCGAACCUACAACACCAGAGCCUACAACACCUGAGCCUACAACUCCAGAGCCGACAACACCAGAGCCAACAGCACCAGAGCCUACAACACCAGAACCUACAACACCAGAGCCUACAACACCAGAGCCGACAACACCAGAGCCUACAACACCUGAGCCUACAACACCUGAGCCGACAUCACCUGAACCUACAACUCCAGAACCUACAACACCAGAGCCUACAACACCAGAGCCUACAACACCAGAGCCUACAACACCAGAGCCUACAUCACCAGAACCUACAACACCAGAGCCUACAACACCUGAGCCUACAACACCUGAGCCUACAACACCAGAACCUACAACACCUGAGCCUACAACACCGGAGCCUACAACACCUGAGCCUACAACACCAGAACCUACAACACCAGAACCUACAACACCAGAGCCGACAACAUCUGAGCCUACAACACCCGAGCCUACAACACCAGAACCUACAACACCUGAGCCUACAACACCAGAACCUACAACACCAGAGCCUACAACACCAGAGCCUACAACACCUGAGCCUACAACACCAGAACCUACAACACCAGAGCCCACAACACCAGAACUUACAACUCCAGAGCCUACAACAUCAGAGCUUACAACACCAGAGCUUACAACGCCAGAGCCUACAACACCUGAGCCUACAACUCCAGAGCCUACAACACCUGAGCCGACAACCCCAGAGCCUACAACACCUGAGCCGACAACACCAGAGCCAACAGCACCGGAGCCUACAACACCAGAGCCUACAACUCCAGACCUUGGCGUUCCAUGUACGUUCGGAGCGACACGUGGUCACGAGAGCGCCUGUAACAUGUACUACGUGUGUGUCCAAGACAACUGGCGCGCAAUGACGUGUCAGGCCGGACUGGUUUGGGACGACAGUCGGAACGAGCCGGGAUGUUAUGAACCCACGGGACCCAGCUGUCUACAACAACCUACGACAACAGAAGCUCCGACAACACCCGAGGCCACCGUUCCAUGUACGUUCGGAGCGACACGCGGUCACGAGAGCGUCUGUAACAAGUACUACGUGUGUUUCCGAGACGACUGGCUCGAAAUGUCCUGUCAGGCCGGACUGGUUUGGGACGACAGUCGGAACGAGCCGGGAUGUUAUGAACCCACGGGACCCAGCUGUCUACAACAACCUACGACAACAGAAGCUCCGACAACACCCGAGGCCGCCGUUCCAUGUACGUUCGGAGCGACACGUGGUCACGAGAGCGUCUGUAACAAGUACUACGUGUGUUUCCGAGACGACUGGAUCGAAAUGUUCUGUCAGGCCGGACUGGUUUGGGACGACAGUCGGAACGAGCCGGGAUGUUAUGAACCCACGGGACCCAGCUGUCUUUAACAACUCACCGCCACCCCGCAACUACAGGUCAUUGAAUUGAGAUGUGACGAUAAAUGGGAUCCGUUAAGAGACGACUUGACACAGAUUUAUUUCAUGUGUAGAAUUUCUCCAACAAGUACACUAUAAAAUAGUCAAAAUCAA